AAAAAACCACAUUCUCUCUUUCUUCUCUUUCUCUCUCUGGUCCCCACUUUCACUUUCUCUCUCUUCCUCCAUUAUCACUCCUUCAUCCUUCCGCAACAACAACAACAACCAUCUACAUUCCCUCUCUUUCAAUCCACAAUGCAAUAACAGAUCUCCACCAUUCAACCCUUCAUUCCCAGAUUCAAUCUUCAUCAAUGGGUAGUGUUUCUUCAGAAGACGAUCAAUACGACCAACAAAGCGAUAGAGGUGGUGGUAGCUACUGUUUGAGUGCAGAUGUUAGUGAAUCUGAAAGUUCUAGUAGUUUCUCUCUCCUUCGUUUUGACCCUGAUGCUGCUCCUUCUACCUCCACCUCUUCCCCUGCUCUCCGACACCCCGGAAACUUCAACUUCGCCGCUACUCAUUUCGCUUUUCCGGUUAUCUCCGGUAGAGACGCCGUUCUUUGGGAUGACAUCAAACUCCCUCAAUCCAACGACUCCGAUUUUUCCGAGGUAGAGUUGAUGAAGGAGAGAUUUGCAAAGUUGUUGUUGGGAGAGGACAUGUCUGGUGGUGGAAAGGGAGUUUGUACUGCUCUUGCUAUCUCAAAUGCAAUUACCAAUCUUGCUGCUACUGUAUUUGGGGAGUUAUGGAGAUUAGAGCCGUUGGCGUCGCAGAGGAAGAAGAUGUGGUGCAGAGAAAUGGAGUGGUUGUUAUGUGUGAGUGACUCGAUUGUUGAAUUAGUCCCGUCGAUACAAGAGUUUCCUGGUGGGGGUUCGUUUGAGGUCAUGGCAACGAGGCCGAGGUCGGAUUUGUAUGUGAAUCUGCCUGCUCUUAAGAAACUGGAUGCAAUGUUGCUUAGUAUGCUUGAAGGGUUUAAGGAGACUGAGUUUUCGUAUGCUGACCGAGAGAGUGAUGAUCGGGAUCCUCUUAAAACAGCGGUGUCUAAUGGUCGGCCUUCUGUUAGACAGGAGGAGAAGUGGUGGUUGCCUUGUCCGAAAGUUCCGCCUCGUGGGUUGUCUGAGGAUGCUAGGAAGAGGUUGCAGCAGUGUAGGGAUUGUACUAAUCAGAUUCUCAAGGCUGCUAUGGCUAUUAAUACCAGUGUCAUUGCUGAGAUGGAGAUUCCUGAUGUUUAUUUGGAGUCUUUGCCUAAGAACGGAAAAGAUUGUCUAGGAGAGGUCAUAUACCGCUAUGUAACUGCUGAGCUGUUCACACCUGAUUGCCUACUUGAUUGCCUUGACUUGUCUUCGGAACAUCAAAUCCUGGAAGUUGCCAAUAGGAUCGAGGCAUCGGUUCAUGUCUGGAGAUUGAAAGAUCAGAAAAGACUUGCAGGUCAGUCUAGAAGUAAACGAGCAACUUGGGGUGGCAAGGUCAAAGGUCUUGUAUCCGAUAAUGACAAGAAUCAAGUUCUUGCACGACGUGCUGAAACGCUUUUGAGGUUCCUGAAGCUUCGGUUCCCUGUACUUCCACAAACAGCUCUAGAUAUGAGCAAGAUACAGUUUAACAAGGAUGUUGGGCAAGCAAUACUAGAAAGCUACUCAAGAGUUUUGGAGAGCUUAGCAUUUAACAUUAUGGCUAGAAUAGACGAUUUAUUAUUUGUGGAUGAUGCUGUUAAACAAUCAGCUUCAGAGUCCAAAUCUCUUUUCUGUAGAGGAGGUUUUGGUGGUCUCCCGAUCCAAAAACGCAUGUCACCUAGCCCCUUCUCUAUUCAACAUACUCCUUAUGGCUCACCAUUUGCUACCCCAAGCUUCUGUUUCUCCCCUGCUGCUGGAGGAAGCCCUAGAUCACUCUCCACCCUCAGCAAAAUGAACCUUAAAGCAGGAGAAGAGGAUGUGAAAGCUGAUAAAAUACUGUCAGAAGAAUUUGAGAGGAUCUGGGCACAUCCAGGGAAUCUGAGUGCGAGGAAAGCACCUGGAGAUGCUCCUGAGAGAGACUGAUGACGACAAUACCUAAGAGGACAGCUUCCCAGAACAGCUAAAUAUAACUUCUUCUUUGUAAAUUCUCUAGCAACAGACCAUCUGUGCAGUAAGUUUCUUGUUAGUUUAAACUUUAAAUUAGGUUAGUUACAAUAUUCGCUACUCUGUACUAGGUUUUUGAGGAGGAUUUAGUAUAUGUUAGGACCUAUUUUUAGCAAAGUCUUUCUUAAAAAUGUUUAUGUUUACAGCUCUUUUGUUGGCAAUCAUUAGUAGACGGAUAGAGUGGGAAUAGUAAGAUGGUAAGAGACGGGGGUGUAUCAUAGUCAUGGAUUAGUAGUUUAGUACUUUCUAUAUUUGCCAGGAAACCUGAGAUUAUAUGUAAAGGAGGGCUCUUUAAUUUCCUAAUCAAAUGCGCUUUGAUUACUCUUUUUUUUA